AAAUCCUUUAGGUAAGCAGAGCAGAAAGACUUAAAAAUAUAUAUGUAUGUGCAUGUGUAUUAAGAAAAUAAAAACAGCAAAACACGAGAAUAUAGCGAUGAAAGCUCAAAAAAGUGAAAAAGCAAGAAUUUAUGAGACCUAUAGCGGCGGAUACAAAAGUUAUAGCAAAAAAAGUUGAAGCAAACAAAAGAAAAAAGUGCAAAGCAGUGAAAACAUCCUGUAGCAUCCUGCCGAUGAAUGUGAAAAAUAAAAACAAACAUGUAGAAGUGCGGGUAGGAAAAGUCCACAGAUAAGGGCCUAGAGCUAAAAUGGCAAAAAGCUUUUGCAAAUAACCCAAUGAAGUGUUGCUCUUUAAAUACUUCAAAUAAUGACAAAAAGAUUGAAGUGGGCAAGAAUAAAUACACUGAAAUUGUGAACAAAUAUAUGCAUACAUUUUAACCGCCAUGGACAAUAAUUUAAGCGCGCCACUUUAACUUAGACAAAAGUACUCAAAAACCGAACAAAAUCAUAAACUUUGCAAGUUAGUUAGUGCACGAGAUCGAGAUUGGCAACAUACAGUAACUAUAAUGAGUUUUGAGCACUUGACACUAAGCCCCUACAAAAUCCUAAAUUAAAAACCUACAAUUUGUUAAUGAGUGCGUGGCCAGGCUAAUACAUACAUACAUAUGUACGUAAGUAUGUACAUACAUAGCAAUGGACUUACAAAGCACGGCAGUGAAGCCAAUAGCAUCAAACGAAAUUAUUUUGGCGAAUAGGCGUGGAAAACCGAUGGAGCCGGCAUUGCCGCAUGCUGAGAAAUGGACCACGUCGUCUAGCACUUGGACAGACACAGCAGCCCAUCGGACAAACCACCAGUAUGAUGGCCGAAAGCAGCAACAGCCCCCCACCUCAACGCGCUCCACAUUUGUGGGCGAGUUGUUUAAUGACACUUUUGCAUUUCUCAACAAUUCCAUCAUCAGCGGUGACGACGUUAGCAACGUUGAUGGCAUUAAAAAUAAUUUGAUUUUCGGUAGUCGAAACAACAAUUCACAAAUCGUCAAUACGUUCCCGACAAGCAAUACCACCACUGGCGGCUUGGAUGUAAGCAACGGGAUGUUGGACACCUUCGAAAUACUCGGCAUCAUGCUGAACUAUUAUUAUGUGCCCGUUUUGGUAUGCACCGGCAGCUUGGGAAACAUACUCUGCGUCUGCGUCUUUAUCAAAACGAAAUUGCGCAAACUAUCGUCAAGCUUCUACUUGGCCGCGUUGGCAGUUAGCGACUCCUGUUUCCUGCUGGGUCUUUUCAUGCAGUGGCUUAACUUUGUAGACAUUGACAUCUAUAAUCGCGACUUCUUCUGCCAGUUCUUCACAUUUUUUAGCAAUUUGGCGUGCUUUUGUUCGGCUUGGUUUGUAGUGGCGUUCACUGUGGAGCGCUUUAUCGCUGUAGGCUACCCACUCAAGCGGCAGACAAUGUGCACGGUGCGGCGCGCCAAAAUCGUCAUAGUCGCGCUCACUGUUUGGGGCAGCGUACAUUGCACGCCCUAUUGGAUUUCAUCAAAGCCACUCUACUCGCCCAAACUAGACACGGUGCUAUGUGAUAUGAACCCAGAAUAUAAGAAAGUCGCAGCAAUUUUCCAGAGACGCACAGACGACGCCAUCAAAUAAUUCAUCAUCACUGAAGCGACAAAAGUCAACAUCUUUAUAUCACACUUGCCAGAACAGUGUUAAUCAAGCGGAUGUCAGAAUAAUUCGGCGUA